UCUCCUUCAAAUUAGCUUCUUUAGCAAACCAAAAUUUUCACCUUUCAAUUCACUGUUACAAGGAUUACAAAAAUCCCAUUACUUUUCAAAUAAUUCUACUUGAAAUCGUCUUCAGAUCAUCCUCCGAUCUGGAGACGGACCUAAUCUAUACAUCUCCACUCUCUUUCGAGCAUAAUCUUAUUGAUUUGCUCUUUCUUCGUAAACCCCAGAAAUUUAUCUCUUCGAUUUGAAUUAUACAUUGAAGUUCAAUCCGAAAUUCGAGCUGGAGCAUCUGAAGACGAUCGGUAGGGAGCUCGCAAUGGGCUCCCAAGGCGGUUUCGGUCAGUCGAAGGAGUUCCUAGACCUCGUUAAGUCGAUUGGCGAGACUCGAUCUAAGGCAGAAGAAGAUAGAAUUGUUCUCCGUGAGAUCGAAACACUCAAACGUCGGAUCAUUGAGCCGGAUACUCCUAAACGUAAGAUGAAGGAGUAUAUAAUUCGAUUAGUGUACGUUGAAAUGCUUGGUCAUGAUGCUUCGUUUGGGUACAUUCAUGCUGUUAAGAUGACUCAUGAUGAUAAUCUUUCAUUAAAACGAACUGGGUACUUAGCAGUUACGCUGUUCUUGAAUGAGGAUCAUGAUUUGAUUAUACUGAUUGUAAAUACGAUCCAGAAGGACUUAAAGUCGGAUAAUUUUCUGGUAGUUUGUGCUGCAUUGAAUGCUGUUUGUAGAUUGAUCAAUGAGGAAACUAUACCGGCAGUUCUGCCUCAAGUGGUUGAGCUUUUGGGUCAUCAAAAGGAGGCUGUAAGGAAGAAGGCAGUGAUGGCACUUCAUCGAUUUUAUCAGCGAUCACCAUCUUCUGUUUCACAUCUCAUCUCUAAUUUCCGUAAGAGAUUGUGUGAUAAUGAUCCAGGAGUUAUGGGUGCUACACUCUGCCCUCUUUUUGAUCUCAUCACAAUAGAUCCUGUUUCGUAUAAGGAUUUAGUUAUCAGUUUCGUAAACAUACUUAAGCAGAUAGCAGAAAGAAGAUUGCCAAAGGGAUAUGAUUAUCAUCAAAUGCCUGCUCCUUUCAUUCAGAUUAAGUUGCUGAAGAUUCUAGCCAUGCUAGGUAAUGGAGACAAGCAGGCUAGUGGACAAAUGUACACUGUUGUUGGAGAAAUAAUGAAGAAGUGUGAUACAACUAGUAAUAUUGGCAACGCGAUUCUUUAUGAAGGGAUAUGUUGUGUUGCCACAUUACAUCCAAACCCUAAAUUGCUUGGUGCAGCUGCUGAAGCAAUUUCCAAACUUCUGAAGAGUGAUAGCCAUAAUCUAAAGUAUUUGGGCAUAGAUGCCCUUGGUCGGCUGAUAAAGACAAGUCCGGAGAUUGCUGAGCAACACCAAUUGGCUGUGAUUGAUUGCCUUGAGGAUCCAGAUCACACACUAAAGCGUAAAACGUUUGAACUGUUGUAUAAAAUGACCAAGUCAUCCAAUGUGGAAGUUAUUGCUGACCGGAUGAUAGACUACAUGAUAAGCAUUGAUGACAGCCAUAUUAAGACUGAAAUAGCUUCAAGAUGUGUUGAGCUUGCAGAGCAAUUUGCACCAAGUAACCAAUGGUUUAUCCAGACUAUGAAUAGAGUCUUCGAGCAUGCAGGGGAUCUUGUGAAUGCCAAAGUGGCACACAACUUAAUGCGGUUGAUAGCUGAAGGAUUUGGGGAGGAUGAUGAAACUGCAGACAAUCAGCUAAGAUCUUCUGCUGUAACCUCAUAUUUGCGCCUUAUUGGUGAACCAAAGCUUCCAUCUACAUUUCUUCAGGUUAUAUGCUGGGUCUUGGGGGAAUAUGGGACAUCGGAUGGGAAGUAUUCAGCUUCAUAUAUCAGCGGGAAACUGUGUGAUGUUGCAGAGGCAUACUCUAGUAAUGACACUGUAAAGGGAUAUGCAGUCACAGGAUUGAUGAAGCUAUAUUCAUUUGAGAUAGCUGCAGGAAGAAAAGUGGAUAUACUUCCAGAGUGUCAAUCAUUGAUCGAGGAGUUGUCUGCAUCACACUCUACAGAUUUGCAGCAACGUGCAUAUGAACUGCAAGCUAUUGUUGGCUUGGAUUCUCCUUCUGUUGAAACUAUAAUGCCACUAGAUGCAAGUUGUGAAGAUAUUGAGAUUGACAAAAGUCUUCCAUUCCUCGACAGUUUUGUCCAACAAGCACUGGAGAAAGGGGCUGAUCCCUAUAUUCCAGAAUCACUACGUUCAGCUGUUCUAAACAUUGGACCCGUCGAGAACCGAGACCAACACGAACCAUCACAUGCCCUCCGUUUCGAGGCCUACGAGCUUCCAAAGCCCAUUUCUAGACCCUCCCCUGUUUCACUAGCAUCUUCCACAGAACUUGUCCCAGUUCCCGAGCCUAUUUAUUCCAGAGAAAUUCACCAAUCCGACAAAGGAACAACAUCCGAAUUGAGGCUGAAACUCGAUGGCGUUCAAAAGAAAUGGGGCAAGCCGAGUUACUCUCAUCCUUCUGUUUCUGAUGAACCCAAAACCACAAACGGGACAAAACAACCACAAGACUCAUUAAAACGAGCCUCAUCUUCUGAAUUUGGAAAACAACAGGCAGAGAUAACAGUAGUACCAUCUGAAAAGAAGAUGCUUGCCGCCUCACUCUUUGGCGGUCCUUCAAAGAAACCGCCACCACCUACUAGCGGCCAUAAAGUUUCAAAGUCAGGCAACCACCAUCAAGCAGUAGAGAAAACUGCUCCUCUUCAACCGCAACCUGAUUUACUCGAUUUGGGUGAGCCAUCUGUAUCGAACGCUGAGGAUCCUUUUAAGCAAUUAGAAGGGCUUCUUGGGUCUGGACAAGAUUAUGGUUCUUCUGCUGCUUAUUCUGACAUGCCCACAAGCAGUCAGAAUCAGAGGAGUUCGGUUUCAGAUCUUCUUUCUUCUGGUGCCGAGUUGACACCAUCCACUCACAAUCUUGGCAAGGGUUCGGAUACUAAGAAUUCUUUACAAAAGGAUUCAUUGGUGAGACAGAUGGGAGUUACACCAUCCACUCAAAAUCCCAACUUGUUCAAGGACUUGCUCGGUUAGACUUUUUGUUGAUGAUUCAUAACCGGGAGCUAGCCACUGCAUUAAAGUUGAAACCGUUUCUAGUUCGAUCUUAAGGAAUACACCGGUGUUUUUUCUAGCAAUGAAUUGUUUUGUUUGGACAAUGGGUAUGUUUAUUUAUCGUGCAUUAUGGUAUUGUCAUUUUGUUGUUAUGAUUAAUUGUUAUAUUAUGAGAAUCUCUCUUUAGGAGCUUUGUUUAUGUUUUUAUGUUCAUAGAACUCCCUCAUUUUC